AGAGUACCACCUUAUUUGACACCAUCUUUCACCCACGCUAGUUAGUAGGUCUCCAUCACAAUGUUUUCCAAAUCUAAAACAAGGUAGUAUUUCCCUCUCGGUCUGCGGAUUUACAAUUUUCUGACACAAACAAAAACAUCGAGGCCGACAAAAAACAUAAGAAUGAAUGAGAGGGUAAACCGAACCACCCACAAGUGGUAACAGUUGGAAAUCGAAAAACAUGAAACGAAACCACAAUUUCCAGCACCACCCCUACCGACCCCCACGCAAAUGGGUGAUGGUCAUCACCACCGUCACAAUAUGCAUUCUCUUCCUCCUCCUUCUUCUCCUUCCCCACACCAAACCCUCUUCUUCUUCUUCUUCUUCUUAUGCUGCUUCUGCAGCGUGGUCUUCUUCGCUGAAUUUGACGGAAAAGCUAGAAGUGGGUCUUCCUAGAUUGGCGUACAUGUUGUCGGGCACCAAAGGGGAGGGAGCGCAGAUGAAGAGGGUCCUUCAGGCAGUGUACCACCCCAGGAACUACUACCUGCUCCAUCUCGAUCUAGAAGCUUCCGAUGCCGAGAGGCUUGAGCUUGCCAAAUACGUCAAGUCCGAGACUGUCUUUGCGGCGUUUCGGAACGUCAUGGUCGUGGGUAAGCCUGAUUUGGUCACCCACAAGGGCCCCACCAUGACCGCUUCUACUCUUCACGGGAUUGCGCUGUUGCUCAAGAGGCUUCCCCAUUGGGAUUGGUUUCUCAAUCUCAGUGCCUCUGAUUACCCUCUCCUCUCCCAGGAUGAUCUCUUGCACAUCCUUUCAUUCUUGCCUAGGGACCUAAAUUUCAUUGAGCAUACAAGUAAUAUCGGCUGGAAAGACAGGCAUCAAAGAGCUAGGCCCAUCAUUAUAGAUACAGGCUUAUAUCAUUCAAAGAAAUCUGGUGUCUACUGGGCUAAAGAGAAAAGAUCUGUUCCAUCUUCGUUCAAGUUAUUCACAGGGUCUCCAUGGGUUGUCCUGACAAAAUCUUUUCUUGAGUUUUGUGUUUGGGGUUGGGACAAUCUUCCUCGCACCCUCCUUAUGUAUUACACAAAUUUUCUUUCAUCCCCUGAGGGCUACUUUCACACGGUCAUUUGCAAUCAUAAGGAUUACCAAAAUACUACCAUCAAUCAUGAUUUACAUUAUAUAAGGUGGGACAACCCACCAAAGCAGAGUCCAAUGUUCUUGAAAUUGGAGCAUUUUGAUGACAUGGUCCAAAGUGGUGCACCUUUUGCUCGAAAGUUCACCAAGGAUGAACCGGUUCUCAACAAAAUUGACAAGGAACUCUUGAGAAGAUCAGUUGGUCAUUUUACACCUGGAGGUUGGUGUAUUGGGAAUCCUCUUUUGGGAAAAGACCCUUGUUCAGUUUAUGGAAAUCCAAUUGUAGUUAAACCUACUUUAAGAUCAAAGAAGCUAGAGAAACUAAUAGUCAAACUGUUAGAUUCUGAAAAUUUUAGACCAAAACAGUGUAAAUAGUCGUUACUGCAACGUGAAACUUUUAUACACUUUUAUUGCAUCUGUGCCAAUUUAACGUUAUGAAUUGUUAUGAAACAUGCUUCUAGUAUGUGAACUUAA